CCAAAAAUAGUUAACUAGCUAAAGGUAGCAGGCUAACUAGCUAAUGUUAACUUUAUCUCUAAAUAACUUUGCUUAUCAGCUUCUGUUCUUUCCUUUAUGUGUGUGUGUGUUUUGGCCAAGUACAGUGUGCUUGGGCCCUAAUGUGUCAGGAUGGAAAGGUACAUUCGCUGCUUCCGUAGGCUACUUUAGACGGCUAGCUACUAGCUAGCAUGCUCGCUAACUGUAUAAGUAGCUAGCUAGCGUCAACCUACACAAUUUGAUCCAAAUAGAUGUGCCAGUUUCUACUCUUGCUGUUAUUUAUUACGUAUAGCCAGGCGGAAUAGCCUUAUCAUAACAUAAAACAUGCAAAACCACCGAAAUUAGCGAAAUGAGGUACGCUACACCAAUUAGCAAUCAUACAAACCGCCUGGCUAAGUAACGUUGGCAAUAUGUCAUAAAAGUAUAAUUGGGAACAGAUGGCAGCACAAUAAAAGGUUCAAUGUUGCUUGGAUACGAAUCAGCUAGUAUGAUCUCUGUUGUCCUUAUUCUACCCCCGACCCGCUAAUUUCUACCAUGUCGUUGAUUUUAAAAAAAGAAAGAAAGAAAGUAUCGUGUUGAGUAAUAUUUUGUUAGCAGUACACAGACUAACGUUAGCUCGAUGAAGUUAAUCAAUUCCACUUUAACAUUAUACUGAGAAAUGUAUUUUUAUGGCUAACAUACAUAUUUUGAGGACUAGCAGCAGGGUGACUGACAGGAGAACGUGUUUUCUUAGAAAUUCUUAAACUUAAAAGCGCUCCUGCACGCUUCGCACAUUGUUUGGAGGCUGCGUGAACGGAAUCCACAAGGUUUCGGAUCUCCCAGCGUUUACCAUGCUGUUAUUGUCAUCUUUUUGGAGUUCUUUGCCUGGGGUCUACUCACAACACCGACAUUGGUGGUCUUACACGAGACGUUCCCCAAGCACACGUUUCUGAUGAACGGCCUGAUCCAGGGGGUGAAGGGUCUGCUGUCCUUCCUGAGCGCCCCUCUGAUCGGCGCCCUGUCGGACGUGUGGGGCCGCAAGUCCUUCCUCCUGCUCACGGUCUUCUUCACCUGCGCUCCCAUUCCGCUCCUGAAGAUCAGCCCCUGGUGGUACUUUGCGGUUAUCUCGGUGUCUGGAGUGUUUGCUGUGACGUUUUCGGUCAUUUUUGCCUACGUGGCUGACAUCACUCAGGAGCAUGAGCGCAGCAUGGCCUACGGACUGGUGUCGGCCACCUUCGCCGCCAGCCUGGUGACGAGCCCGGCCAUCGGGGCCUACCUGGGCCGGGUGUACGGGGACAGCCUGGUGGUGGUGCUGGCCUCCGCCAUCGCCAUGCUGGACAUCUGCUUCAUCCUGGUGGCCGUGCCCGAGUCGCUGCCGGAGAAGAUCCGCCCGGCCUCCUGGGGAGCGCCCAUCUCCUGGGAGCAGGCCGACCCCUUCGCCUCCCUGAGGAAGGUGGGCCAGGACUCCACCGUGCUGCUCAUCUGUAUAACCGUGUUCCUGUCCUACCUCCCCGAGGCCGGCCAGUACUCCAGCUUCUUCCUGUAUCUGCGCCAGAUCAUGGGAUUUUCUCCAGAAAGCGUGGCAGCUUUUAUAGCUGUUCUAGGGUUACUUUCUAUCAUUGCACAGACUGUAGUAUUGAGUUUACUCAUGCGUUCCAUUGGGAACAAGAACACUAUCUUACUCGGUCUCGGGUUCCAGAUCCUGCAGCUGGCUUGGUAUGGGUUUGGUUCAGAGCCUUGGAUGGUGUGGGCAGCGGGAGCAGUGGCAGCCAUGUCCAGCAUCACCUUCCCAGCCAUCAGCGCCCUGGUGUCCCGCACUGCGGACCCCGACCAGCAAGGGGUGGGGCAGGGCAUGAUCACGGGCAUCCGCGGGCUGUGUAACGGCCUGGGCCCGGCGCUCUAUGGCUUCAUCUUCUACAUCUUUCACGUGGAGCUGGACGAGGUACCGGACACCAGCACCGAGUCGCAGCGCCCCCCUCUGCUGGCCCAGCAGAGCGCCAUAAUCCCGGGCCCGCCCUUCCUGUUCGGAGCGUGCUCGGUGCUGCUCGCCCUGCUGGUGGCGCUCUUCAUCCCCGAGCACACCAACCUGGCCCCGCGCGCGGGCGGGUGGAAGAAGCACAGCUCGCCCCACGGGCACCCCCACAGCCCCCAGCCCCCCGGGGAGGCCAAGGAGCCCCUGCUGCAGGACACCAACGUGUGACCGUCUGUGGAACAGGGUUCCCCCUCUGACAUCGCACGUUCAGACACGUCUAUUUAUGGACACGUCCGGUACUGGUAACAACUGAAAGCCGACAAAGAUGAUUUGUGUACCACUUUUUUGUUUGUUUAUAUAUAAAGGAGUAUAUAUUGAAAGAAAGGUCUGUCCAAAGGCACUAUUGCAAUGGUAUUGUAUUUUUUCAUUUCCUGAUUGUGUUUUUAAUAUUGGCUCCACCCCCCACCCCCACCCCCUUUCGUCCUGUUUUUCAAUUGUUUUCGGAUGACAUUUACAUGGGCGCGGCUCACUCAGGGACACUAACCUGGUAGGACAGGGUUGUUUCUGAACACAGUGUGUUCACCAAUCGAGAGAAUGAGUUUCUGCGACAGCAACAGAGGAGUCGGAGGAGAGUAGUCUGUCCCUCGGAAGACGUUAGCCUUUAGCUGCAGGGCUAGGGGCCGUGGAGCGCGCAGAGGACCGAGGCGCGGAAUCACGUCCAGUGAGAAGCCUUAAUUGAGGACGCGACUGCAGAACGCAACACGUGACGCCAGUGGGACGGACUCGGUGCAGCUGUAUUUUUACGCACCUUCCUGUCGAUUCUCAUAUCAGAGUUGCCUGUGCAUUUCCCCCUACCAUUUCAGCGAACUUUGUCAUCGCAGCUAUUCUCAUUGGGUGCCCCCCCCCCUAGUUUGGCAAUAGUUGGGAAGGCAAGGGUUGCAAAGAGGGGAGGGGUGCUUUCUGAUUGGACCACCUGGAGAUCGUUUAGCUGCCUGAAGCAAACUGCAAUAGACAGGCUUAAAUUGCUAAGUGUUUUUCUCAUUUCAAAAGUGUCAAAGUGUACAUGGCCAAGUUGUAUCCCUUUGAACCUGAUGUAUUUACUGCAAAUUGUUUAGGAGCCUAACCUUUUAACAGUGUAUUGCCUUUUAAACCACAUUGCAUCCACAUUAAAGACCUCAGAAACAAUCUGACAAGUAGCAUAGCUUUGGAAGAGUGGAAGAUGUUUUUUUUUUUUUUUUAUCAGUGGCCUUCCUCAAGAACUUUCACUAAAACGUCAUGUAAGAAACAUGCUAAUUACCAAAUACCUAAAACAAAUUGCGUAUUGGAUUUUGAGUUGUGAAUUUAUCUGAAAAUGUAAAGUAUUGUUUUGUUUUAUUUAAAAAUGCAUUUUCUGUAAUAUAUUGUGAUAGCAUAAGAUACUGUACGCAGAUAUUUUUUUUCAUUCAUGUACUGUGGAUUGUUUUGCUGCCUUUUAAAUUUCAAAACUAAACUUCUUUGACUGAAGCUCUGUUGUAAAUAUAAUUCAAAAAGCGUAUUUCAAUAAAAUGAAAUAUUUUAUUGUAUGGAACAUGGAAA